CAUUCUGUAACUCUUUGUUGAGAAUAAGUUUUAACAUUGAACAAAUGUUUUGCUGGAGAUUUUGACACAUCAACACUCUGAAAAAUGACAGAUUAUAGGAACAACCGGAAUGGAUUGUCUAGAUCAGAAGAAAUGCUUGAUUCUGAAAACCAAAGAAGAGUUGACGGAUUAUCAGACAAAGUAUCAAGACUAAAAUCACUUGCAUUUGAUAUAGAAACAGAAUCAAAAGACUCUAACAGAUACUUGGAUGACAUGGGAAAUGACUUUGAGAGUACCCAUGGAUUAUUAGGAGGAACAGUUAAUAGACUUUCUCACAUGGUGUCUGCCAACAAGGGAAACAGGAAGUUAAUGUGUUAUAUGAUUCUAGGACUUGUGCUGUUGUUUUUCUUAGCAUAUUAUCUCAUUACAAAAGUGACUAGUUGAGAGGUCUCCAAUGUUUAAAUUGUUUUGUCAUGAGUUUAAAAAUACCAUUGAAUGUUGAUUAUCUAAUAACAAACCUGCAGGGUCUCCUUUUGGUUUCAAGGUUUAUUUUUUUGGCAGAUAUUUGACAGAGGUUAUUCAAGCUUGACCUCUAUCAUGUGGUGGCUUCAUGUAUUAGUUGAUUCAUUUUUACAAUAGAAGCUUAAUUGAUUGUACAUUUUAUGUACCUUGAGAUGUAUGAUUUAGUGAGAAUGAGUACAGAGUGGAAAAAAUCACUAUUAUCCCAGUGUUCAUUCUGUGUUGUGGAUACACGCUUUCAUUAAAAAUUUUGUCAAUCAUAAGAGUUGACACAUAAAAGUUGAACAUUUUUAGAAAAAUAAGAUAAGCUUUUGUAUGUAAAGAUUUGCUCCAUAAUUAAAGAUUAACUUUUUGUCUUCAGGAAGAGGCUGGAUCAUGGUAAAUUGUCAAAUUCACAUGAGCUGCAUUGUAGUUAUUUUGUUUGUUAUUUUUAUGCCCCGCCUACAAUAGUAGAGGGGCAUUAUGUUUUCUGGUCUGUGCGUCCAUUUGUCCAUCUAUCACUUGUUCGUCCGUCUGUCCCGCUUCAGGUUAAAGUUUUUGUUCAAGUUAGUUUUUGAUGAAGUUGAAGUCCAAUCCACUUCAAACUUAAUACACAUGUUCCCUAUUAUAUGAUCUUUCUAAUUUUAAUGUCAAAUUAGAGUUUUUAACCCAAUGUCAGGGUCCACUGAACAUAGUAGAUUAUAGUGCGAGUGUGGCAUUCGUGUACUGGGAUUCUUGAUAUAAAAUACAUUCAAUGGUAUUUUAAAAUGUUGUGUAAUUGAUUAAUAUUUAUUGUGCAUAAUUGUUAUAUAAAUAGGUUUAUCUUUUAAGACUCUUCUUCUUCAGUGCGGGACACUGCUGGGCUGGUUAUUGUCAAGUUAAAUACAGGUCAUGUUUAUAUAUAUGUAUAUCAUUUCUCUUACAAGGUUCUGACAUCACAGUGGAUCUGAUCUGUAAAUUUGCACAUUCACCAAUGAAAUUCCAUCCUCACAGUAUUUGAAGGUGUCACUGUUAAACAUUAUAAUCUAACUGGAGGAAUCCGAAACAAACAGUGAACCAGACUGUUGUAAGACCCUUGUAAGGGAAUGACCGUUUUAUUUUAAGAGGGGGAGUGUUUAUGAUUUUUUCCUAAUAUAUAAAUAAUAAGACUCUUCUGAUCCCAAAUUUACUGAAAAAAUAUGUUGUGGUCAAGCAGAUGACAAAAAAAAACAUUCUGCAUUCAGAUUUUCCCC